AUGUCUCGCCCUCAGGGAAAAGGUAUCUCGUCGACCCUGGCCAAAUGUGACAUUACUAUCGCUGGGCCCCUCGGCGACGAUUGGACUUACGAGAACGUUGCGCGCUGGUCGACGUACAACGGCGCAAUCUUCUGCAACGUCGUCGACAAGGAUGUGACGCAUGUGCUCGCUACGCCUGAGCAGUACAAGGCGAGGACCCCUAAUAUCAAGCUGGCGAUUAAGUACGGGGCACAUAUCGUGACCAAGGACUGGUUUGAGGAUUCGCUCACUAAGAAGCGACGCCAAAACGAGGAGGAAUACUCACUCAGGCGUAUCGACCAAAAAGCCCAAGCCAAGAAGGAGCUUGAGGCGAAGGCGCAGAAAGGCAUCAAAGAGGCCGAAUCUUUCGUUAAUACGAACCUUUAUCACAUCUAUCGAGAUGAUACCUACUUCCCCUACGAGAUCACCCUAACUCGUAACGACAAGGAGAAUGGAAACAUCGGUCAGAAGUACCAGCUUUACCUCUGGGAGUCCAACGCUUGGCCGCACCUCUACAUGUUCGCGGCCAAGUUCUACAAGAAACCCCGCGACUCCCACCCUUCCAUCCAUCGUCCGCGAGAGACCCCCGUGCUCCUAGAAACUGCAUUGAAUGAGUUCAAGGCGUUUUUCCAUCAAAAGACUGGAAUCCACUGGGACGACCGCAUCGCCAAAGCGGGAACUACGGAAGAUAACAAGUUCCAGUACCAGCCUCCUACUGGCGGAAAGCCGGUAGGCAGUGGCGCCGAUUCCACGUCGGCCACGGAUUCGGCGUCAAGCACCAAGAAAGACCAGAAGCAGGCGCCGGCGCUGGACAAAGCUGCCGACCGCAAGCGCAAGAGCCCCGCGGAGCCUGUCCAGCACGCCGGUAGCCAGAAGCGACAGCGCCGAGAAAAGGUGAAGGAGGAGGACGAGGAAAAGAAGGAAGGAGAGAAGCCGAAAGAGAAGAAGAAGGAAGAGAAGCCGAACUGCGAGAACUCGGUUUCCUCUCGCACGCGCGGCAAGACCGCGGCUAACAACAACAAGCGAGCCCGUACCUGCGAGGACGACGAGGACGAGGACGAUCUUCCCGUCAAGCACCACAAGACGACCAAGCGCCAAAAGGUCGAGGAAGCCGAUACUAACAGGGACGCCGCGGUGGCCGACGAAGGGGAACGGCCCGAGAUCAGCAACCUCCCGGCGCUAGUCCGAACCAUGAGGAAGACUCGUAGUCGAAAGGUGUAA